AUGGAUUUAUCCCGCAUCCUAGCGGCCAACAUCGACGGCCGCACCCAAAACACCCGCUACCGCCAAACGCAAUUCCAAAAGCUCCAGGCCGUUCUUGUAGCCCAUAUUGCCGAAAUCCAAGAUGCUAUCUACUCAGAGUCAGGACAUACUCGCGCCGAAGUGCGCGCCGAGGUCGUCCUCGCUCUGCAAGAGCUCCGAACGCAUUUCUCAAGCCUGAGCUUGGAGAAAGAUCUCGAGGCCGAGUAUCGCAUUUCGCAUGGCAAAGACAACCUAACUAGCGCGCGUGGCGCAGGAAUAAUCUACAUUGUGCCGAGUACUCACACGCUAUUCUUUUCCGUUAUCUCGGCGCUGAGCGCGGCGCUGGCUGCGGGCAAUUGUGUUGUUCUAGAGCUACCCCAAACAACGAGUGCACUGCCCGCUCUGCUGCGCAAGAUUCUGCCCGAUGCUUUGGACCAUGAUACCUUUGCCAUUACAUUGCAGCGGCCGGAUGCAUCAUUCCUGAGCAAAACCUUGGUGGUUGCACAAACUGGCGAAGAAUAUGCGGGCCUUGUCUCGCCUUCGAAUUUGAGAGCGGUGGCCAUCGUCGACCGCACGGGCAAUGUUGCAGAAGCUGCGCGGGCACUGGUCGCCGCGCGAUUUGCGCUCGGUGGUCGCUCGCCGUAUAGUCCGGAUGUGGUGCUUGUGCACGAGUUUGCUAUGAAGCCCUUUGUGGAAGCUGUUAUCCAGCACGCAUCGAAGUAUCUUGCUGGUGAGAAUGGGGAGGGGAGAUCUCUUUCUCGCAAGUCCGGUCUGCUGGAGUCUGUUCAGAAAGAUAGAACUUCUCGUGUGCUGGUGUCAGGGAGUAACUGGGGUAUUGUUGAAGUGCAAGAUCGGAAAUCUCCUCUUCUGCAGAAAAAGAUUAGCGAGAAAAUCCUCUUGGUUCACCCAGUCACCAGCUUGGACGAUGCCAUCGACAUGAACACCGAAACACUGGCUGCAACGUAUGCCUUUGCCGCGCCCUCUUCAGCUAAAUACCUGACGCAAUUCAUUGAUGCCCACAUCUCGUGGGUAAACCACGUUCCCAGCGACAUGCUCAUCGGACCUGCUCUCCCUAAAAACACAGCACCAGGCCAAACACGCUACACAAAGACCCAAUUCGAGGUUCCUCGCCCACAAGUAAUCACGCCAGUCGUAAGCUUCGUACAGGUGAUCCUCGAUGACACCAAUAAGGGCAAAGCAGAUAAGCUCUGGCGGGAAGUCAUUGCGCCGUUGCCGUCGACGAAGCAGAGACCAGGGUUUAAGAUUGGGUUCUUCGAGCAGGGAAUUAUCACGGGUGGACUUAUCACGCUUGUUUCGCUUGUUGCGACUGUUUCCACGUUGGGAUAUUAUACUUGGACUUUUGUUAGGAGGGUUUGA